CGAAGACCGACCCCCAUCUAUUCAGACUUACAACAUAGUAUCUAGUCAUCAGACUACAGGCUGAUUCCUUAAUCAGAGCUAAUAAAUCCUUACCUAUAACAUGCCUGCGACAGAUUCUCUCCAGCCACCCCUGACCCCCGCAGAGCGGGCCAUCGUCAAAACUUAUGGAGGAUGGACCAGUUUCAUGAGCAGCUAUGGCCUGAAACCUUGGGAUUUCGAUGAUAUCGAUGAAGCAAAGCAGAUUUUGACGACGCUUGCUCAGAUGGAUGACCAGGAUGAUGAGAGUGAGCGCUCUAGUAUACAAGCUUCGAACAAAUAGCUUCCAUUGCACGAAACGAAAUGGAAACAGAUUCUACCUCUCAUAAUAAUUUGUACGGUAGAGAGGUUUGAGUUGAUUGUUUCACCGUUGACUUUAUGCUUGCCCUUUCUUUCAACUCACACUUGCUCAAGAUCACUGAGAAAUCGUUUCAAUCGACACUCAAUAUGUACUUGAAUGAGUAUAGGGAUACUAAUUUGAAGUAAAUAAUACCCCGAGUC